AUUUAUUUUUUAUAUUCAAAUCUCUUUAUAUAUGUCGUAUGACUUUUUAUUUAUAAAUCGAUUUUUAUUAUAAAAAAAAGAAAAGAAAAAAAAGAUAGUGAUAAUAUUACUCGUACUAUGUAAUCCCGCCAAACCCAAUCCAGACCACCACAAAAAAAUCAAGCAAUGUCUUCUUUUUCUUUCACCCCUUUUUCUCUCCUCCCCAAACCCACCUCACCUCGUUUCCACCCCAUCAAAUUCUCCCUCUCCCAACCACCACAACCACCACCUAACCCAAAACCCACCAAACCCGAACCCAAAUUUAAGUCAUGGGUCAGCCCAGAUUGGCUCACUUCCUUAACCCGAACACUAACCUUCACCCAAGACGAUUCCGGCAUACCCAUUGCCAGUGCUAAGCUCGAGGAUGUUUCUGAGCUUCUUGGUGGUGCCCUCUUUCUUCCCUUGUUUAAAUGGAUGAACACUUAUGGACCCAUUUAUCGUUUAGCUGCCGGCCCCCGGAAUUUUGUGGUUGUCAGUGAUCCUGCUAUUGCUAAGCAUGUUUUGAGGAAUUAUGGGACCAAGUAUGCUAAAGGUCUUGUUGCUGAGGUUUCUGAGUUCCUUUUUGGCUCCGGUUUCGCCAUUGCCGAAGGCUCGCUUUGGACGGCAAGGCGCAGGGCUGUUGUUCCGUCACUUCACAAGAGGUAUCUAUCAGUAAUAGUUGAGCGGGUAUUUUGCAAAUGUGCUGAAAGGAUGGUGGAGAAGCUAAAAGCCAGUGCAGCCAGUGGUACAUCUGUGAACAUGGAGGCCGUAUUUUCACAACUUACGCUCGAUGUCAUUGGCCUAUCAUUAUUCAACUACAAUUUUGAGUCGCUGACUACUGAUAGUCCAGUCAUUGAUGCUGUUUACACUGCACUAAAAGAGGCAGAGAAUCGUUCUACUGAUAUUCUACCAUAUUGGAAGGUUAAAGCCUUGUGUAAAGUUGUUCCCAGACAAAUAAAAGCUGAGAAAGCAGUUGAAAUCAUCAGAGACACUGUCGAAGAGCUUAUUGCAAAGUGUAAGGAAAUCGUCGAAGCUGAAGGUGAAAAGAUAGAUAAUGAAGAAUAUGUCAAUGAAGCCGAUCCAAGUAUAUUACGUUUCUUGCUGGCUAGCAGGGAGGAGGUAUCAAGCAUACAACUACGAGAUGACCUCUUGUCAAUGCUAGUUGCUGGGCAUGAAACCACUGGUUCAGUGUUAACAUGGACAGCGUAUCUUUUAAGUAAGGAUCCUUCAUCUUUGUCAAAAGCAAAACAAGAAGUCGACAAUGUUCUCCAAGGAAGGCUUCCUUCCUACGAAGAUACCAAAGAACUCAAGUUUUUGACACGUUGCAUAUUAGAGUCAAUGCGUCUGUAUCCACAUCCUCCAGUUUUGAUAAGAAGAGCUCAAGUUGACGACACCCUUCCUGGAAAUUACAAGGUCAAUCCUGGUCAAGAUAUAAUGAUAUCAGUAUACAAUAUCCAUCAUUCAUCUCAGGUGUGGGAAAGGGCUGAAGAGUUUGUUCCAGAAAGGUUUGAUUUGGAGGGUCCAGUUCCUAAUGAAACAAACACUGAUUUCAGGUUUAUACCAUUUAGUGGAGGACCUCGUAAAUGUGUAGGUGAUCAGUUUGCUUUGUUGGAAGCAAUUGUAGCUCUUGCAAUCCUUCUUCAGAACAUGGAUUUUGAGCUGAUCCCAGAUCAGGACAUUACUAUGACCACUGGAGCAACUAUCCAUACAACAAAUGGCUUGUACAUGAGGGUGACUGAACGUGCAAAAGAACCCAUACUUGCUACAUGAUUAUAGGUGUUCAUCAAAUGAGCUGGCUUUUUUCAUGCUGCGGAAUGCAUUUGUUGUGCCAUCUAACAAACUGAAGCGAUCUUCUGCCGUGUUGUCAAGACAGUUUGAAGCUUUCAAAUCUCAAUUGCUGCUGCAAAGCGGAGUAACCUCAAUUACCAACUGUUGAAUCAGUGAACAAUAAGAGAUCGAUUACAUCCCCUCAAACGGGUUUAGAUGUGUAAAAAAUAGAAAACAACUAUAAGAUUCUUGUACACAUAUUUUUACAUACAUAAUAGUUGAUAGUUCAGCCAUAAUUAU